UUUCUUUUCUUACGACAUAAAGUGUAACUGAUGAAGUGAAAUAUGAAAAACAUGAAAUCGUGAAUGAGUAAUUUUAUUAUUGUAUUGACAAACAGAUGUGCUUAGCAUAUUAAUUUCUUUUCUCUGUUGUCAUUUACUUGCAGAUAUAAGUGGUACUUGUGAAAUCUUUUGAUAGAAUAUAUCACAUUCAAGUUCACUCUAAUAACACAUCUACAAUGAAUCAACAAGAAAAUAGACCAGAGUUGUAUGAAGAAGUCAAAUUGUAUAGAACAGCUAGAGAAAGAGAAAAGUAUGACAAUAUGGCAGAUUUGUAUUCUGUGAUAAAUACAUUGCAGUGUUUAGAAAAAGCUUAUAUCAAAGAUUGUGUUACUCCCAAAGAGUAUACUGCUGCUUGUUCCAAGCUACUUGUACAAUAUAAGGCUGCUUUUAAACAAGUACAAGGUGAAGAAUUUCCAACUGUUGAAGUAUUUAUGAAAAAGUUUCGUCUUGAUUGUCCUGCUGCCAUUCAACGAAUAAAAGAAGAUAGGCCAAUAACAAUUAAGGAUGAUAAAGGCAACACUAGCAAAUGUAUUGCUGAUAUUGUUUCACUUUUUAUCACCAUACUUGACAAAUUGCGACUGGAAAUGAAAUCAAUGGAUGAGUUGCAGCCUGAUUUGAGAGAACUUUAUGAUACCAUGUGUCGUCUUAAUCUUUUGCCUGCUGAUUUUGAAGGGAAACAAAAAGUUCAUGAAUGGUUGCAAACAAUGUCACAAAUGGCUGCAUCCGAUGAAUUAACUGAAAGUCAAGUGAGACAAUUUAUAUUUGACUUGGAAUCUGCAUACAGUAGUUUCAAUAGAUUAUUACAUGAAUCAUGAGCAUUCAGUUGAAUAAUUACCCCAUGUUUUUUUAUUAUUAGCAGUCUUUUGAUUUUAAACAAAUUAAUUGUUAGUACACAAGUGAUAUGUAUGAUUACACUGUAUUAAUUUUUGUAUAUAUAUUUUUUGUUUGUUUAUGAAAAAAAAAAAAUUCAUGAUUUAAAGUUUGAAAAGUUAUUACUUAUAAUUGCUUUGUUUUUAUUUUUAUUGUGUUCUCUUUGAACUCUGUCAAG